AUGGCUGUUGAGUUAUGGAGACUUGCUGGUUUUUCUACUGCUGUUGGUUUUUCUAUAUUCAUGGAUUUCUUUAUUCAUAUUUAUAAUACUUUUGGCAGAGAAAGGACUGCACGUAUGGCUAUACAUGCAUGGAAGUUAUGGCAUGCCAGGAAUGAAAGAUUGUGGGUCAAUAAAGUUUUGUCACCCAGUGAGGUUCAUCAUGCUGCUAGUUCCUAUUUUAAUGAUUAUGUGGCUUCACUUGUGUCUCGACCAAGGACGUUAUCCCACCCAUCUGUUCCUCGUGUGCUCCCAUUGGUUGAGGCUACCACUCUUGAAGUUGAUUGGAUUGCAUUCAUUGAUUGUGCAGUCUUUGCUAGUGCUGAUUUGUUCGGUUUUGCAGCAGUAUUUGAGGACUUGGAAGGCUUCUUUUCCAUUGCAAUUUCGGGUUUCUAUGAGGGGGGUGGGCAACCUGUUAUUGCUGAAGCUUUGGCCUUGCGUCAAUGUUUAUCUUAUGCUAGAGAUUGUUUUCUUCAGGCGGGUUGUAUUUUUACGGAUAACCAAUCCUUAGCCUUGGCUAUUCGCUCUCCUCUGGAUGACUUUUCAGAGUUUGGAUUAGUUGUUUCUGAUUGCAAAGAUAUUAUGCGGUCUCAGGGUAACAUUCAUGUUUGUUGGGUACGGCGUUCAGAAAAUAGAGCCGCCCAUUUAUUAGCUAGAGAGUCUAUUCAUCAUGGUAGAUUCAAGAUUUGGAUUGACAUUCCUGAUUGUCUCUUGGAUUAUUAUUCUACAAGAUAA